UAUAAUUUACUUCCAUUCAAAUUUUUCUUAGAAAUAUUUUUCAUGCCGGAAAUAUGUUUAAUAUUAUUUUAAAAGUUUGUUUCGUGUAGUUCAAUUGUGACAAUAUGGAAGAUGAAGUUGACUAUGGCGACUUUGACUACGAUUUUGGAUUUAUUGUCAGUACAAUUACCGAGCAUAUUUUUGUAGCCGAAUUCUAUGCUGCGAGUGUCGGAGUUCCUAUAAUUGUUCUUCAUCUUUUUAUUUGUUUUUUCAUGAUGAAACACAGUACGAAUACUUUGAUAAUUGCCAUAGGGUUUUGUGAUCUGAUCGUUUUUCUGACAAUUGCUCAAAAUAGAUAUAGAUAUUUUAUUUAUUUUGAUUUUGAUUGUAUAAACAUGGAUGGAUACACCUUCAGGCUAAUGCAAUGGAUUGGUGAUAGUCUUAAUGAUGCUUUCAAGCGAUGUUCUUUUUGGCUUGGAGUUGCUCUUGCAAUGAUUAGAUUUUUAAUAAUGAAGCUUCCAAACAAAUCAAGUCAGCUAUCUCACUUUAAAGUUGGACUCUUCAUAUUUCUCAUUUUUAUUCCUAUUAGUUUUCUAGUUUCAGCCCUGUUUUAUUUCGGGAAAGAAUUAAUAAAAAAGCAAUUGUCAUUUCAACCGGGGGAUAAAUGCAUAGAUUUGCCUGCAAACUAUUCUGAAGAUGCUUAUGAUAUCAACGACUAUCAAGCUGUUGUUUUUCAAAAAGCCAGGAAAGUUCAUAUGUUUAUUUCUGGAACUUCAGAUAUAUUGGUUGCUAUCACCUACCCUAUACUAACAAUACUUCUUUUUCACGAAUUGGUCAAGUCAUCCAACUUUUCUAACAAAAUAUUAUCAAAUAGACAUCAAAUGGAACGGCAACGUAUUGGCGUUCUGGUGUUAACCAUGACAAUAUUCUAUAUUUUGUCAAGUGCACCAGCUGCGUUUUUCUAUUUGUCUUCUUUUAUUUUAGUAUCAGCUUCAUCAUAUCUUAACUAUGUAAUUGGGUAUGGUAGUGUAUUCAUAUCAUUUUUCUACUGUAUAGUGGCAACUUCACAUAGUGUGAUUUGUUUUGCAUUGUCAUCAGAGUAUCGGCAAGUGGUUAAAAAAAUGUUGAGAAUAGGAAAGGAAAGCUCCUGGACAGUUAGCGCAACUACGGGCAGCGCACUAUCAUGAUUCCCCAACUUUCUAUUAAUUUUGAUAUGCUCAUAUGGCUUGUAUUUGUUUGUAUACUAGGAUUAUGCGAGGACCGAAAGAUUCAAGUCUUCAACAAAUUAGAUAUUUACUCGCAAACAUCAUUUCAAUAUAAACAACGUUUCUAUAAAUCUUCCAGUAUUUGUAUCCCCUUAUCAAUUUUCUAAACUUCUGGUCUCUUCAUAUUUUUUUUUCUAAACUUUUUUAAAAAACAUUUUCUCAAAAGAGGUGAAGUCUUUCCAAGUUUGUUUAUUCAUAUCAAUUUGUUGAAUUUCCAAUUUUUGAAUAUGUCUCUGCUACCACUAAUAAAGUUAAAUAAAUACAAUA